AUGGUGGUAUCGUUAGCGCUUCUCACUGUUCUCCUCCCUCUAGGGGCAGCAGUUGACUGCUCGCCAUACACCAACACCAUCUCGUGCUCGAGCAAGGGUGUCGACGUGUGCUGCGUUCCAGCGGCUGGCCGCUUCGUGUUCCGGCAGCGCUUCGAGCCAGACGCUGGGGAUAACGGGUCGUGGGGUAUUGAGGGCCUGGACGUACUUGAGUGUGAUGGUUCGCCCGCCACACGCGCCGGAGGUAAGCUCACGCACGAGGCGAUCGGCAGUCUGUGCGCGCGCACGAAGGGCUUUGACGUGGAGGAGAACGAGGCCGCGUGGGCCCAGAGCGAGGUGGGAGAAGGUGUCGAGGAGGUUUGGGAGCGAGUCUGGAACACGGCCGGGCGCUACGUGACUUCUCUCUGUGACGAGGACGCCGAUGUGCCACGCUUCUUUGACACGCUCUUAGGCCUUCACAAUCGGAUGAAGGUCGGUGAGGCGCUCGAGCAUGCAGGUAUCGUCACCUCGGCAGAUACGACCUACCGCCUCGAGGACAUUGAGUCCGCGCUCACGCCGUUCGGGCAGCCCAUCCUCCUCUGCGAGGAGCGCACCCUCACGCGCGUCCUGUGGACACUCCACGCGCGGGGCAACCUCGCUGGCUGGACGACCGCCGACCACGGCACGUUGCACACCACCUGUCCUUCAGAAGGGAUCGUGUACCCGCCCUCGACAGUGCCCCUGCCCACGAGCACGACAUGGGACCAGAUCUACCGCCCGACCAUGCGGCCGAUUACGCUGAGCUACGACGAGAACAAGCGCGUCAAGUACGACGACGAGCCGAAGCAGAAGAAGCUGGGCUUCUUCAAGGACCACGACGCGCGCCGUGCCGGCGGGGAUCACGGGCAUGACAAGUACCGUGAUGAGCUGUGA